AUGCUCCAGCCAUCCAGCGCCGAUCUUACGAACCAACUCCUUGCUACGAACAACCAGAUACUCGCUCAAAACAAUCAAAUCUUCGUCCAAGGAUUCUCCGCCGCCCUCAUCGGAUCCCCGUUUUCCCCUCCUCAGCUGAUAACCCCCAAUGAUCUGCCGCCGUUCCAGCCCUCGACUGCUGCACGGUGGAUCAACACUCUGCUCUUCACCAGUCUCGUCCUCAGUCUUGCUGCGGCUCUACUCGGCAUCCUGGUCAAGCAGUGGGUGCGCGAGUACAUGCAAUGGAAUUCGCCUCUUGCGACCCCGCAGGAGAACGUCAUGGUGCGGCAGUUCCGGUUCGAGGCGUGGGAGGCUUGGAACGUCUCGGCGGUCGUUUCAACAGUGCCAGCGCUGCUCGAGGUCGCGAUGAUCCUCUUCCUUGUCGGCAUGAUCAUCCUUCUCUGGACGCUAGAUGACGUUGUUGCGAUCUGUUUGACAGCCUUCACGGCGAUGUUCCUUCUCGUGGUCGCCGUGUUCACUGUCCUGCCCGUGUUCUCUCGCCGAUGCCCGUACAAGUUACCGACGGCGUGGGCGGUCAUGGCGGCUUAUAGAGUCACGUCCCAUUCGAUGCCAUUCUGGUUAAAACGGAUCAGAGAGACCCUAAUAGGUCGUCGAUGGCGCAGGUUUAUUCAGGGUAAGUUAUACUAG